UUGAGGCGGGAGUCAGGGAGGCGCUUCCUGAAGGCCGUCGUCCCUCCUCCACCGGGCCUUGAGAGAGGUCCCAUGGCGGCUGAGGGCUCCUGGGGGGCGCUGGCCCUGCUCCUCCCGGCCCUGCUGCCGCUGCUGGUGGGCUCCCAGGGGCCAGAGAAGGGGCCACAGCCCCGGCAGAGGCCUGUGCGCCUCUUCACUGAGGCAGAGCUGGGCAGAUACGGCGGGGGCCAGGAGGACCAGCCUAUUUACAUAGCUGUGAAAGGUGUGGUGUUCGAUGUCACUUCUGGAAAAGAGUUUUAUGGGAAAGGAGCACCGUACAAUGCGCUAGUUGGCAAGGAUUCAACACGAGGAAUUGCAAAGAUGUCUCUUGAUCCUGAAGAUCUCACUCAUGAUACAGUGGGGCUUACAGAAGAGGAGUUGAAAUCCCUGGACGAGACCUUCAACAAUGUCUACAAAGCCAAGUAUCCUAUUGUUGGCUACACUGCCCGAAGGAUUCUCAGUGAGGAUGGCAGCCCCAAUCCAAACUUCAAACCUGAAGAUCAGCCACAUUUCACCAUUAAGGAUGAAUUUUGAUCACAGACCAUUGAAUCCAUGUAUAUCCACCUCACAUUAUGAUUUUUUAAAAAAAGACCAAAAAUUGGCCAAAUUAUUAUAAGAUAGCUCGGAAAUGUUAUUUUUUGGAGUACAACUCCCAGAAUGCUGCUGACUGGGGUUUUUGAGAAUUAUGGCCCAGGAAUAACAUUUCCGAGCCCUUGUUUUUCCAGUGGAUGACCCUGUAAAGUUAUAAUAUAUGGACUUUAUCCAGUCUUUAUUACAAUGUUCCAUGCCAGUGCAUUCCUACCUGACUUUGGAUUUGCUAAUUAAGUGCAAGCCCUUAAAGGAAUAUCAGUAUUCAGUGGUUUGCAAUGGUAUUAUCAGUUCCAUUCUUUCCCCUUUUCAUCCCAGCAUGGGGUUACUGCCCUAUGCAGAACAUGACUUAUACACACAUGUAUAUUCUACAAAUGUAUGUAGUACUGUAUACACACUGGGGAAAUGGGCCAGUAUUAGUCCUAAGGAGAGGGACCUGUAACAAAAAUGUUCUAGGGCAGAGUGCUUCCACUUAAGGCUGUACCAGCCAAGUCCUUUUCAAGGUUUCUCCAUUCCCUUCUGCUUGGAUGCUGUCCAGUCCUUAUUGUUAUUUCCCCCUUUCACAGUGGGCUGAGAGUAUGUGGACUAAUACUGUCUGAUGAAGGGAUGGAGGAGAGAAGCCCGAUGUCCAGCUAAAGAGCUUUGCCUGGGACGUAAGCCAGGAAUCUGACAACAACAUGAUGCAUGCUGCUGCCCAGUGUCAUUGAGCCUGGAGAGAUGGGGGAAUCUCACCCUUUGCCCCAUUUUAGAUGCCAGACCCCAAACUAGAUCUGGCAAGGCAAUUCUGGCUGGUUUUUACAGAGAUGAGGUAUCAAUUGCUGUGGGAACACCUUACCUGGACUGUCCUGAUUUCAUAGCUUGCAAUAGGCCAACUCUAAUCCCUCAUGUACAUGCAAUGCAAAUAUGUGAGAGGUCCAGUUUUAGGGCUUGAGAGUCAGUGCAUGUGGCUUAUGGAGGCUGAUUCAGCACUGAAUACAUAAAAUAUCUAUGUGGAUGUGGACAUGGACUCCCCGAUUGCUUCCAGGUUCCUGCACUUUUAAGUACAUUAAGAUAACUUGGUUGUUACUCUAGUUAUUUCCAUCUACUUUUAUAUUGAGAUUCAAUAAGAGUUUAAAUAUACUGUAUCAGGUUUUC